AUGACCCACUUAGCGUUUUACCGCAUGUCAGCCACGGCUUUGUGGAGGACACUCACUUUUGAACCCGAAAUAUCUGGGUUUGAAUUCUACUUGAAUACAAAAUCCAAGGCACUAGGCUCCCAGAUUCACAUCAACUCCACAUACAACCUCAUCACCAGCCAAGCCUCAGGCCUCACCAGGCCCAACCCCAUCACCAGCCAAGCCUCAGGCCUCACCAGGCCCAACCCCAUCACCAGCCAAGCCUCAGGCCUCACCAGGCCCAAUCCCAUCACCAGCCAAGCCUCAGGCCUCACAAGGCCCAACCCCAUCACCAGCCAAGCCUCAGGCCUCACCAGGCCCAACCCCAUCACCAGCCAAGCCUCAGGCCUCACCAGUCCAACCCCAUCACCAGCCAAGCCCCAGGCCUCACCAGGCCCAAUCCCAUCACCAGCCAAAUCCCAGGCCUCACCAGGCCCAAUCCCAUCACCAGCCAAAUCCCAGGCCUCACCAGGCCCAACCCCAUCACCAACCAAACCCCAGGCCUCACCAGGUCCAACUCCAUCACCAGGCCUAACCCCACACCUCACUAUUGUCAACCCCAGUUAG